AUGGUGCUGCUGAUAGACUGGUGUUAUAUUACAAUACAAAUCAUAAAUCCUGUUUCACAACUCCCCUUGUGGGUUUUAAGGAGCGCUUGGGCGGUCCUGCCCCAGUGCAGAAAACCACGUCAGAGCUGGACGGACAUGGAUUUCUCCUCGGAGAGGCUGAACGGCAGAGGGCCCAGCAGCAGGCACAAGGUUUCCCCAGGGCUGCAGUCCUUCAAGAGGAUUGGCAUCCCUGUCCUGGCAGCCGUGCUCAGCAUCGCCUGCCUGGUUACAGUCGGGUUCCUGGUCAAGGUUUACCUGGACUCCCACUACUUCUUCUGCAAGCAGCCCCUGAAGCUGGUGCCGCUGCAGCAGCUGUGUGAUGGGCAGCUGGACUGUCUGCAGGGCGAGGACGAGGCCAACUGCCCCCAGUGGGUCCCUGAGGCACCACCAGCUGCUGCCCGUGUUUCCAGAGACAGAUCCAUCCUGCAGGUGCUUAACAGAAACACUGGAGUCUGGUCCAGCAUCUGCCACGACCACUUCAACCUCGUGCUGGCAAAGGCAGCCUGUGAGCAAAUGGGCUACAGGAGCACCCCUGCUUUCUGGCCAACAGAUGCGGGCGCAGGGCAGCCCCUGCCUCCCCGCGAGCUCGUGCUGAGCAACGGCAGCCUCCAGAUGCUGGAACCAGGCAGGAAAUGCCUCUCUGGACAGGUUGUUUCGCUCUUAUGUUCCACCGCCUGCGGGGAGAGCACCAGGACGUCACGGGUGCUGGGGGGCAGCCCGGCCGCCAUCGAGGCCUGGCCCUGGCAGGGCAGCCUGCCGUACCGGAGCGGGCGGGGGAGGGCGGGCUCCAGCCUCCUCGCGGGCAGCGCCAGCCUGGCUGUGGAGAAGAUCUUCGUGGCCGAGGAGAUGCAGGCGUCUCCCAGGGACAACGACAUCGCCCUGGUGAAGCUGCAGUCUCCCCUGCGCGUCUCAGACAGCACCAAGCCCAUCUGCCUGCCCUAUUUCGAUGAGGAGCUGGUGCCUGGCACACCCCUGUGGGUGAUCGGCUGGGGCUACACGGAGCAUGGCAAACUGUCCGAGACCCUGCAGCAGGCAGAGGUGGAACUCAUCGACAAGGAGAGCUGCAACCUGGCUGCCUACCACGGGGAGGUCACCCAGAAGAUGCUGUGUGCUGGGCUGCCCCAAGGCGGGGUGGACACCUGCCAGGGGGACAGCGGUGGGCCCCUGAUGUACUCGGGCGAGCGCUGGCAGGUGGUGGGCAUCGUCAGCUGGGGACAGGGCUGCGGGACCCCCAGCACACCCGGGGUCUACACCAGCGUCCGUGCCUACCUCAACUGGAUCUCAGCUAUCCGGAGGCUCCAGCAGCAGCUGGGAAAUGGAUCUCCAGGCCCGGCAGGUAUCUCCUACAUGCCCUGA